UAAUAGUCUUUGAUGAUUCCCUCGAUGACUAUUCUUGGCAUUGCAAAUACUUUGAAGUACUCGAUCGACCAAUCAAGACAGAGGAACCUCGGUCCCGAUUGGUCUCCGUACCUGUGAUUAUCGCGACACCUUCUUCAGUUUACAUUACAUAUGUAAAUAUUGUUUGGAAGCAUGUCCGACGAUUUAUUAGCCAAGGAAAGAGAAUUUCGCAGAUUGAAUCGCGAGCUUCAACUGAAGACUCAUGAUGUGAUCAAAGAAGUUGAUUCUGUCAUUCAUGAUAGUUUGUUUAGUAAUCAAUCGUACUUAAAUUUUGUAAGGAAAGAUGUAAAAAUGACACAAGAGGAUACAGCAUUAAAGAUUGAUAAACAAUCAAGAACGUUGGAUGGAAUUGUUGAAAUUCCAUCAGAAAAUGUUAAAGAAAUUUCAUUAAAAAAGGACAAUAGUGUAGGAAAUAAUGCUAUCGUCACAUUGCUUAAAGCUAAGAUAGAUAUGUUGUAUAAAGAGCUACGAGCGAUGCAACUUGAGUAUGAUAAAAAGUGCGAUUAUUCUAAAGAAUUGGAAGUUAGAAAUAAGAAGCUUGAUGAUAUCCAAGUUAAAUUACACAAUCAAAUGGAAACAUUAAAUGAUACAAUCGCAAAGCUGGAAAAUAUAAACUCUGAUACAGUAUCCAACUGUCAAGUUUUGAACAAUGAAAAUGUUUCUUUAAAGAAGGCUUUGGAAAGUCUUAAAAAGGAAAUAAAUGUAUUAAGUCAGCAAUCAAACAAUUAUGAUGUGAGAUUAAAUAGAUCUUUAGAAAAUAACGAGAAACUUAAGAAUACAUUGAAAUGUAAGCAGAUAGAAGAAAAGGAAUUAAGGAAUUCAAUUAGAAAAUUACAAGAAGAUAAGAGAAUAGCCAUAAAAAACUUGAAAAAACAGCGAACUGAAUUAGUGCAAGUGUUUAAGAAGCAAGUGCUACUUAUAGAUAAUCUGAAGAAACAAAAUAUGUAUUUAAUGGCAAGUGGACAAAUUCGCUUAACAGAAGAAGACUUUACAAAGUUAUUGGAGUGGAAACCUCAGCAACUCUGAUAUAAAAAAAUUGAUUGAAAGACUGCUAUUUGUAAUCUUUUGUUAGAGAGAGAAUUGAAAUUAAUUUCACUUUGUAACUAUUAAUGUUUUAAAGUGUGGAUCUUUUCA